AUGUAUCUAUCAGUCAACAACGUGAUUCUUACCCACCUUAUACUACUCACACUCAUUAGCAAUCGCGCGUCUGCCCGCACCGCUCACUGCCGGUGUCUCCCAACGGACCCUUGCUGGCCCGAUCCCAGCGCCUGGGACGAGUUCAACAGAACAAUCAACGGCCAUCUCGUUUCGCUAAGGCCCAUCGGAGCUGCCUGCCAUGGUCCCGAAUACAACGAGACACGAUGUGAAAUCGUCAAGAACUCCACGCAUAACCCGCUAUGGCGGAUAUCCGAGCCAGCGGCGUACCAAUGGACAAACUGGGAGUCUGAAGAAACGAUUUCAGGUGUUGAAAUGGGGGGUUGUCCCAUCUCCGCUCCUCGAGAUACGCCAUGUCAUCAGGGGCGGAUUUCACUGUAUGCGGUCAUGGCGCACUCUGCGGAGGAAGUACAAGCUGCUAUUCGAUUCGCGAAGCAGCAUAACCUGCGGGUAACGAUUCGAAAUACAGGGCAUGAUGGGAUGGGGAGAUCGAAUGGACUUCAUUCCGUGCAGAUCAACGUUAAUCGACUCAAGACGAUUCAAUUCGUCGAUGAUUUUGUACCGCAGGGUGGAGACGAGUCCGACUCGGAGGGACGAGCGGUCAUUGUUGGCGCGGGCGUUCUAGGCAUCGAGCUGCAAGAAGCUGGUCAAGGACACGGCCUGAAUGUGAUGACAGGGGUCUGUCGCUCUGUUGGUGCAGUGGGAGGGUUCUUGCAAGGAGGAGGAACCUCGUUGCUUGCGCCGUCGUAUGGAUUGGCUGCGGAUAACGCCUUGCAGUUCACGGUUGUUACGGCGAAGGGCGAACUGGUCGUGGCCAACAAGGUCGAGAAUCCAGACCUCUUCUGGGCCUUACGAGGGGGAGGGGGUGGGACCUUUGGGGUUAUCAUCGAUGUUACCAUUCGCACAUUCCCGGACAUCCCUAUCGUCUAUGCCCUGCUCACCACCUCAAUUAUGCAACAAAACGAAACGUCUCCGAGCGCAGAGCAAUCCCUAUGGCAAAUCACGGGUGAGAUAGCAAGCCUACUGCCGGACAUGAAGCAUCAGGACGACAAAACAAGCGCCAUUAUCGUCCCAGUUAUACUCGCAGAUCGGGUUGCCCUAACGGCUGCAGUGAUGUUCCCUAAUAGCAGUGAUACGAAUUCAGCAGAGACGCAUUUUACCAGGCUCCGCGAGACACUCGACACCCGAGGCAUUCCAUACCUACUAAACAUAACACACUACCCCCAGCUAUCAACAUACCUCAACGAACCCGGCCCAAUGCACCAGAGCGGGAUCGGGCAAAUCGAAGGCUCAGUGCUAAUCUCCGAGAAUCUAUUCUUCAAACCAAACGGAACCUCCGAGAUAGUGGGUGCUCUUGCACAACUACACUUCCAACCAGGCGACUCGGUCGAAAUCCUCAUGUCCGCCGGCGGACAAGUCAAGGCGAACAAGGAUACAAUCCACAGCGCUCUGCAACCCGCCUGGCGCGAGUCCGCGCUGGGAGUUACGAUCCGACGGAAUCUGUCGCCAGACUCGCCGAUCAAGAUAUUCGGUGAUAGUAUGCUGUCUUCGCUUCGGGGGCUGGAGAGCCCGUAUCUGGGCUCGUAUUUGAAUGUUGCGGAUCCGGAUGAGCCCGAGCCCCAGAGGGCGUUUUGGGGUGAGAAUUAUGACAGGCUAUACGGAAUAAAGCAGAGGUGGGAUCCGGAUGGGCUGUUUAUUGUACGGCUCGGGGUCGGAAGCGAGGAUUGGGAUGAAGAAGGACUAUGUCGAGUCAGAGAUCGCAGGUAG